AUGUUCCGUCGCAGAAGCUCGUCUCGCCACCAGCCUCUGAAUACAACUCCUUCUACAUCCGCCCAAACCGCGGCUUCAAGAGCCUUUGCAGCCAACAGAGAUGCCAACGCUAGUUUGUCAUCAGCCGCCGCCGCUGCCGCUCUACGCAGUCAUACACCACCUCCGACAUCCCCCGCUGAUGUUCAGACAAAACGUAUGCUGCAACGGCAGCUAUCAAACGCAUCUCGCGGCAGCUCAGCAGGUGGACUGCGCAAUGGCUCCCAGCCAACGCUUCGCCGAACGCCCAGUUCUGGCUCGAUGACGUCGCGGACUUUUCGCGACCCAUCUCCUGCUCGAUCACAUAGCACUGCGGGCAAUACGAGACGACACCCGCCCGUCCCGCCAAUUCCCCAGAACCUGCCGAAUCGAUCGAGCCCGUCUCAGAGGUCGGCAAGUGUUCAACCAAGCAGAGGUGCAACAUCCCCAUUGAGGAGGUUAGUAGGUGGCCGAGGUGCCAGUCUCGAUCGCGGAUCCGAUAGCAUAACAGCAAGCCCAACGACUCCACGCGAUGGCUCACAAGGAAACUCGCCUGAGCUUGACCGACCAGGAAGCAGAACAUCCAUUAAUUUCUCUUAUCCGAUGAACGCACGACCCAACUCUCCGCUGCAAUCCCCGGUGGAUCUCGAAUUUCCACGAUCGCCGGUAGAAAAGUCAGCGACUCCCCCGUUAUUGUCACCCGUCGAAACUGCUGAUAUACAACAAUCGAUCAAUAACACGGCAAACCGCAAGGUGAAACUGAAGCCGAAGACAGCUGCGCCAGGGUAUAAGGAAGGAAGUCAGUUUGCACAUAGAACCAUGGGUGGCCGUCCUCGUGGCACAGCGCUAGAGGAUAACGGUGGAAUUGAACAAGAGUCACAUGAACCGGCAUAUCCACAGUCCCUAGGCGUAUCAACCACAGAUUUCGCUACGAGUCUAUCUGUUACAACAGACCUGUCCCAGUCUCAAUCUCAUGUAGCCUUUGAAGAUGGUGUCGCGCACAUUCCAAGGCCCAAGCCCAAGAAGCGACCGUCGAUGGUAAUGGAAGAUCACGAAGGAGAGGAGCUGGCGGAAGCAGCAGGUACUGCCCAAGAAGAUCUUGCAGUAUCUUCUAUCCAAAUUUUUAAAACACAAGUUGCACCCGAGGCCCUCGUCAUCUACCCCCCCGGAACCAAACAAACGGCAAUCAAUCCAUACACUCGUCCGUCGCCGUCUACCUCAUCAACACCAUCAUCUCCAGGUGACAGACUUACGGUAGAUAGCAGUAUUGACGGCCAACUGCCUCAACGACAACCAUCCAUCAGCCCCAAUCGAUCUGCCAGGUUCUCGGCUCAAUUGACUGUUGGUUCCGAGUCGCCUUUGCAUGAACCUCCUCCAAGAUCAGUAUCUCCUGUGAAGCCAGCUUUGAAAAACUCUUCGUCCCCAGAUCGUCGGGCCUACCUGGGACAAACUCCCAGUGAAUUCUCUGACGCCACAUCUGUAGCAUCGGAUGAUGGAUCUCGAACCGGUUCUAAGAGGAGGGUCACCAAGGUCAGUUUCGACGAUGAAGCCGAGGUGGUUGGAGUUGCUGCUAGCCCUCCUACUUCCCCAGAGCCAAUGAACAGAGCACAUAGUCCUGUAGAAAAGAUCAAGUCUAGGAAAUGGUUCGGUAUCAGCAAGAAGAAGACCACAUCCAAGGAUGUUGCAGAGGAUGAUGAUUUCGAAUCUGUUCUCCGACCUAGACCGGCGCUUCCGUCUUUUGGAAGUAUACGUGGGUCAAGGGAACCUGAGGAAGCUGUAGUUGUGGCUAUCGACAACAAUGAUUCGGAUUUAUCUUCGGACGACGACUUUGAUGCACGUGACUUUGGUGUAUCGAGUGAUCAUGCCAUUGGUGGUAUACUUGUGAAUGCUCACGAGCAUGCUAGUCAACAUCAGCGAAACUCAACAAACGAGUCUUCCAUUCAUGCCACAGUAUUGAAAAACGCACCGUCAGAAGCGCCAGAAACAGUCGAGAGACUGGAGAGUGCGAGCGGCAUUGACCAUCUUCCUACGGUUCAAGAGGAGCAAAGUUCGGCGACGGCUACUCCAUCAGAAGCUGCAGAGGCUUUACCUGCGUGGAUUACUAGGGAUGCCCCGAAGGAAGAGACGAUCGUUGAGCAGCAGGUUGAUAGACUCAAAGAACCCGUGCCAACUAUUGCGAUUCAGCCAGCAACACCUGGUGAAGAGCCGCGGAAUAGCAUUGAUUUACACCAUAUGCCAGGCGGGUUUCCAUCGUAUAUUUCCGAUCAAGUAGCCACACCCGAACAGAGGCCGCAAACUCCAGUCAAGGAAGCCGACAGUGAGGGCGAUGAUUCCGGAGACAGCAUAUAUAGUGAUGCUGCAGAGGAUCCCGAUGAAUUCCAAGGCGGCGUCUUUGGAUCGAUUAAUGCUAUUGUCGAUAGUCCCUUACCACCUCAGACUGGGUUGCCUAAAGAAGUUCUAGAGAGCCCUACUCGCACAGUCGUGCAUAUUGACCUAUUGACAAAGCUCUCGGAGCCUGUACCUUCUGCAGCUUUGGAGGCAAUAAAUCCCAGAAUGCCUGCAACACCUUAUGGGCCGACGCAGGCGCUGGUUGCUGCAAGUGUUUUGGAACCGGUUGGGGAAGAGCAAAAGCAAAGUUCUGCUCUGGUCGAAUCGUCUUGGCCACUCAAGACUGAUGCAACGCCAUCUCCUGCUGUUCGUGUUCAACAAAAGCCCAAGACUCGACUAGCCGAUCCUCAUCAGGGUUCUCAUUUGCGAAAAGCGCUACAUAAGGGAGACCAACAGCAACCGAUGGCAAAACAGUCACUCAGAAGCACUUCCGGCCUUGAUUCAUCAUCAUCUGCCGUUGCAAAACUCAGGCGUACGCAGACUGCAAGCCAAGCAAGGACGAUUCUUCCGCACUCAAGUACCUUUCCGGCUGCUGUGACAAAAUUCUCGCCAAACGACAGCGAUUCAGAUAGCAGCUUCAAACGAACCCGUCGUUCGCCCCGAGCCGGAGCCGGAGGUCAGUACAGCAUGAAGAGAACGAUGCGUGCCGCGAGGCCUGUGAGCAUGGCAAAUUUAGACUUGGGAGUCGAGAGAACCACAGCUCCCCGGCGUGCCUCAUCUAUGCGCACGACAAUGCGAGGCCCAGCUUCUGAACGCUCUUCUGGUUUUUCAAGUUUGAGAGACAAGCCAGGUCAUUUACGGUCACGGAGCUCGGUGAUUCCCAUCAAUACACGGUCCCGAAUUGGUGAUUCCGAUGAUGAGGGUAAAGGUGGGCGCAGAAUGUUCCAGAGUCGGUUUGCAGAUUCAAGUGACGAAGAUGAGCCUGCAAGCAAUCUCACGCCCGUCCGUGGUAUUCCCCGCCGUAAAGGCAGAUAUGAUGGAGAGUCGACCGAUCUGGAUGAUAGCUCAGACGAGGAAAUCAAACGCCAGAUUCGCAAUGGCGCCACCAAAGCUGUUACACAAAUGACCCCAGAGGAAUUGGAUGCGAUUCUGUCCCAACCUCGGAAAAAGGGAGGGCUUUUCUCGCGGUUGAGGUCUCCGACCAGGAGCAGUAAGAAGGAUGGCAAAAUUCGAAAGUCCUUGAUGGAGAGCCCAGCCAGGAGGGACACCCCUUUGGAGCGAUCUCGACUUGAGUUGGCGCAAAUGAGAGAAAAUGCCGUGUCUCCAAAACUUCACAAAAGACAGAGAGCUGUCUCUGCUUACGCUGACACAUGGCCGUUGAGUACAGAGCAAGCCUCAACAUUAGCUGGGCCUGCAAAGAACACACGGCCCUCCACCUCCGACGGUAUCGCCCAUGGUCCUCUACUCAAUCGACAUGGGACUAGCGAUAGCAUCGACUCGAUUGUUACCUCUGCAUCCGAUGUUGUUAUAGGCCGGUCAGGCAAGAAGAAAAGGUUUCCCAUGUUGCGACGAGCCUUUGGGCUACGUGAUUAG